AUGGUGUCGUUUUCCACAGAAGAGGUCGAACCUUCUGAACAGUCUACUGUUGAUCCGACCCAAAACGUCCUUGGGCUCGGUGGCAAAAAAAUCCUCUGUGAAAGGAAGUCUCCAGAAGCUUCAACAAAUGCUAGUAAAAUGGUGGUGAGACAUACAUUUUCCGCAGACGGAAUCAGUCACAACAAACCUCCUGAAGAAGUGAUUACUGUUGAUCUGACCAAAAACGUUACACUUGGUGGCAAAAAGCUCCUGACUGAAAUGAAGUCUUCAGCUGACGCAGCGGACGCAGGUAAGWUACUGGUAAAGGCUGAGGUAAAAACUGUCGAUCUGGCGAAGGCUUCUGACAAAAAACUCCUGGUUGGCAAAAACCUACUCGGUGACAAAAAAUUCCUCGACAACAUGAAAUCCAUCACAUCUCUGAAACAGACAGAAAUAACCACAGGAGCUGUAGCACAAGCAAACAGGAUGGUAGUUCUGCACACGGAAGAGGCCAACCUGUCAGACAUUGACUACCUGGUUCCCGCCCAUGACGAGCGGGGUCGGCCAAUCGCUGAGUGGAAGAGACAGGUCAUGGUGCGUCAGCUACAGGCCAGGCUAUUGGACGAGGAGGACCAGAGGAGGAAGGAGAAUGGGAACAGCACUUCCAAAGCGGUGAACUGGAGGUACUCCCAGGCCCACAACGCUAUCCUGGGCCCGUUUGGAGAGCUGCUGACRGAGGACGACCUGAUCUACCUGGAGAAGCAGAUCCAGAGCGUGUCCAACCAGAAAAACUGUGAAGGCUAUGAGACAGAGCUAGCUCGUCUGGCUGAGGAGCUCAGGACCAUCCUGCCAGCUCCCAUCGUCAACAUCACAGCCAGCACUCAGUUCAGAAACCCCAACCAGGAGUCUCAGGUCCCUCUGCCCGUGUGGUGUAACCGCAUCUCAGGCAUCGUAAAGAGCAUGUCCCUGCUGAUGGCCAACCUGGCAGACGGGCCGUACUCGAAGAUGCCCAACACAGAGCUAUCCACUGUGUUCUCCCAGACCCCAGACAGACCCACCUCUACCCGAGGGCGCAGGGAGAAGAUAGAGUCCGAGAUCCAACAGUUUGGGGUUUCUGUCCGGAAUCUGAAGUCCAACUUUGAAGGUCAUGAACAAGAAACAGAAGAAGAGGUCCACACGAUGUCAGCCAUACAGGAGGAAGGCAUGGGGUUAGAGGUCAGAGGAACACAGGAACAGCCCAAAGAGAUGAACCCAGCCCCUGAAGCUGACCAGAACAGUGACUCAGGCAUAGCCUGUGAUGACAACAUGACCGACGUUAGGGAAACCACCAGUCUACGGAAGGAACGUAUUGUGGUGCUGUUCCUGGGCCACUGGAAGAAGUCAGCCUACACGGUGACUCUGAAGACCAGAGAGGCUGAGAGCAGAGCCAGUGUGGAGGAGGUUGGUGGUAAACCUGGGGGGACAGAUGGGAGGGGACCACAGAGGGGAUCUCAGAUGCCUCUGGGACAUUUCUUCAAACAGAGGAGUGUCAUCAACAAGAUGAUUGGUGAUUGGAGGAGCAUGAUCUCCAGCGUUCCAUCUCGACAGAUCCGCCGUCUCCACCGGCAGCAGGCACCAUACUCCCCUGAACAGUUCCUCCCCAAGGUGGACGGGGCGAUGGUGGACUAUGACAGCCUGACCCUUGACCUCUUUAUGCUGGGGUACUUCCACAUCCUGGAACUCGAACUCCCCGCGGACGAGAGGAAGAUGAGACACCUGCUGUGCUUUGAGGUGUUUGACCACGUUGGUCGUUUCACCUGGGAGAGCAUCCGGGAGUUCCACAAGGCCGUCAUGAUGGACAUCGAGGCUGGGAACCGUGAGUGGAAGGACGGCUUCGAGGACAUUAAGGUCAAGUUCUUUGGGAACGUGUCAACGACUCAGUCUGAAGUGCCAGAGGUAGAGAAACAACAGUUCCUACCAGAGGUCAGGUCUGUGCCCAAAGUCAUCCUCCAAACCCCGACACCAGAUGAAGGGGCUCUGAUUAAACAAGGAACAGACAUUUCCAGUUUCAGCAAUGAUGAGAUUUGCAAAUACAUAGACAGGAGUUUUACUUUCUGGAAAGACAAGGAGGCAGAGAUUUUUGAUUUUGAGUAGUAGUUGUUUUCACUGUACCUUCUUUUUUUUWAAAUAUUUUUUUAAAUAAUUGGUAGUCUUCUGAAAUCAAGUUCUAGUUAUGUAGUCUGCUGAUAUCAAGUUAUAGUAAGGGAUGGGUAUACUGUAAGUGCAUUUUAUUCUGAGUGUGAAUACCUUUGUGUUCUUUGUGAAUAGUUGUAACAGCUCUUAUUAUUUAAAGAGAAAGCAAUAAGUAGGCCUACAGUAAACUUUCCAAUCUUAGAAACAGGUAGUCAGAUGUAUAGUACA